GGCAUCUUUUCACAGAACGCACCGCCGAGCGCAGAGAGCCAAGUGAGCCGGAUAACGGGGGACCGAUGAUGUGGCUACCAUCACUUCUGCUUCUGCUGUUGCUGCUCAGGCCCUGGGCCCAGGGGAAGCCGUCCCCUGACGCUGGCCCUCAUGGCCAGGGGAGGGUGCACCAGGCGGCCCCCCUGAGUGAGGCCCCGCAUGAUGACACCCAUGGGAACUUCCAGUAUGACCAUGAGGCUUUCCUGGGACGUGAAGUGGCCAAGGAAUUCGACCAACUCAGCCCAGAGGAGAGCCAAGCCCGUUUGGGGCGCAUCGUGGACCGCAUGGACCGCGCUGGCGACGGGGACGGCUGGGUGUCACUGGCCGAGCUCCGAGCGUGGAUCGCGCACACGCAGCAGCGGCACAUACGGGACUCGGUGAGCGCGGCCUGGGACACGUACGACACGGACCGCGACGGGCGUGUGGGUUGGGAGGAGCUGCGCAACGCCACCUAUGGCCACUACGCGCCCGGGGAGGAAUUUCACGACGUGGAGGACGCAGAGACCUACAAGAAGAUGCUGGCCCGGGAUGAGCGGCGAUUCCGGGUUGCCGACCAGGAUGGGGACUCGAUGGCCACCCGGGAGGAGCUGACGGCCUUCCUGCACCCAGAAGAGUUUCCUCACAUGCGGGACAUAGUGAUUGCAGAAACCCUAGAGGACUUGGACAGGAAUAAAGAUGGCUACGUCCAGGUAGAGGAGUACAUCGCGGACCUGUACGCCGAGGAGCCGGGCGAGGAGGAGCCGGCCUGGGUGCAGACGGAGCGGGCGCAGUUCCGGGACUUCCGGGACCUGGACAAGGACGGGCGGCUGGACGCCAGUGAGGUGGGCCACUGGGUGCUGCCCCCCUCGCAGGACCAGCCUCUGGUGGAGGCGAACCACCUGCUGCACGAGAGCGACAAGGACAAGGACGGGCGUCUGAGCAAGGCCGAGAUUCUGAGUAACUGGAACAUGUUCGUGGGCAGCCAGGCCACCAACUACGGCGAGGACCUGACCCGUCACCACGACGAGCUCUGAGCCCCCGAACUCAGUGCCCACUGCCACCUCGUGGCCUCAGGGGAUGCCCGGAGGGGGCACCCCGCCCCCAUGGUGCCCCGGUCCUGCAGGAUGGGGGCUCAGCCCUGCCGCCCCCUGCUCUGCGCUCUCAGAGAGAAGUGUCAGCUUCUCUCCCUGAGAUGCAAAGCCCCUCCCAACUCUGGCCCGCUGUCGGGGCCUCCUCCUGGACCCAGAGGGUGUGUGACCACCUACUUCUCACUGGCAGAAUCCUGUGGCCCGGCCCAGUACCAAACAGCGGUACCAAACAGCCUCCAAGAGUCUCCGUGACCUUCCCAGCUCCAAAUCUGAGCCUCUCCUCACGCGGGCGAGAAGGCCCUUGCCUGGCACUGCCCUCGGGUGCCGUCUCCCUUCCAGGCAGGCAAUAAAAUCCAGUGCCUGGG